AUGAAGCCCUUGCUCUGGUCUUGGAUCUACAUCGUCGCCGGUGUCCUUCUACGAACGGGUCUCCUUCUCUGGGGGCAACAUCAGGAUGCCACCCACACCGUACCGUACACUGACGUCGACUAUCUCGUCUUCUCCGAUGCUGCCAAGCUGCUGGUUGAUGCAUGUCCUCUCUCGCGCACCGUAGAGCAACCCAACUACGAGACGGAUGCUGAUCUCUUGGACCGCGACGAUGUUCACUGCGCAAGAGGUGUCCUUCCUGCCGCUGCGCGCUUCCUGCUCGUCAACGACCCGAACAGCCACGCACCGACGGACGGACUUAAGCCGGAUGACUCGGAUGUCAUGUACUUCUGGGCAAAACGAUGCUACCAGCUCGCCAAAUCCGCCUUUGAUCUGCUCGCCUCGCUCGGCGAUCCUUACGCCAGGCCCACAUACAGAUACACUCCGUUCCUAGCAGUGCUCCUCUCGCCGAUUCAUCUUUUCGGCUGGACCAACUUCGGAAAGCACAUCUUCGCUGCUUCCGAUCUGCUCUGCGCUGUAUUUAUGUGGCUCAUCUUGGACGGACGCCGCCCACAAGGCUCGACGGCUGGGCUCUACGUCCACUUGCCAGGCUUGUUGUGGAUCCUCAACCCCAUGGUCGCUCAGAUUUCGACCCGCGGAUCAUCAGAAGCUUUGGUAGGACUGUUCGUUCUCAGCUUUUUGUACUUCCUCCUCAAGGCCAACCCAGAGGCGCCGUUGGGUCUCAAGGCAAAACAUUUGCCCGCCUUUUCAGCACAGCAUACGAGCGACGGCACCGACAAAGCCGAGGACAGAACUGCGGUGGAUGGACGACAGAAUGCCAACGACGCACUCACGUACGACGCACUCCCGCCAGAGAGCGCCUUCAACGUGCUCGACUGGGCGCUCGAAGCUUACAUAGCCCCCAUCAUGCUUGGACUUGCGACACAUCUCAAGCUCUUCCCCGUCAUCUACGCCAUUCCCAUUCUCGCCCAUCUUUACCACUCUACUGUCACGGCGUAUUCUCCAGAGCGACGCGCCUCGCUCAGCCUCUGGACAAAGCAUGCGGCAGGUCUGCAGUUCGGCUUUGUCGCCUUCUACGCUUUCAUGGCGGCUAACAUCGCUGCUUGGUUGAUGUGA